AUGUCCUCGUUACCACCCGACCCGUACAAGACGUUAGGCGUCUCCAAAGAUGCACAGCUCCCUGAAAUCCGAAGCGCCCACAGGAAGCUCGUCCUCAAGUGCCACCCCGACAAGGUCCAGGACCCGACGCUCAAGGCCCAGAAGCAGGACGAGUUUCAAAAGGUCCAACAGGCCUACGAGCUGCUGAGCAACGAGGAUGAGCGAGCCAAGUACGACGAGAACGUCAAGCUGGCCGAGCUCCGCAAGGAGAUGGCCAAGAGCAUGGCCAACACUUCCGCUCCUCGCGCUCCUAGAACCUACGAGGUGCGCACCGCCGAGCCCAGACCCGACACUUUCACCAAGACGACGUCAUACCGCCCGUCACCCGGAACCAAGAUGUACUCGCAGUACAACUCCCGGUCCUGGGACGAAGAGAUCCACAGCCGAUCAAAUUCCAUCUUCGAGGAACCCCGCGCCCGUAGGGCUGCCAGUUACGAGAAGCCGUCCCGACAAGAAGACGACAUCCGAGACCGCGAGCGGGAACGCAGACGCAGAGAAGAGAGAGAUCGGGAACGCGAGGAGCUCGCGCGUGCUGCCGAUCGCCGCGAAAGAGAACGCGAGAAGGAACGGCAAGCGGACAAGAAGGCCGCAGAGAAGGCCGCCAAGCGGGCCGCGGAAGAAAAAGAGGCCCGACGACAGGAACGCAAGCGUCAGGAAAAGGCGGAAAAGGAGCGCGAGAAAGAGCGGAGACGCGAGGCCGAAGACAAAUUGCGAAGACAUAAGGCAGCGUAUAUUGAGCCUUUCGACGAUGAGCCGACAUAUAUCGCCAAGUCCGACAAGAAGAAGUCUAGCAGCACCAAGGAGAAGAAGGAGGACAAACGGUCCCGCUCGAUCCCGCGAGACGGAGCUCCUCUCCGGGAAGAGCUGCCUGUGCCGCCCGUACCGCAACCCCCGCCUGAUAUCAAGGCAAAGAUCCAGGACACCAUGCUCUUCGCUGCCACAUAUAUGGACCAGUCCCGCAAGGGUGUUUCUGCUCACCCGGGUCUGAGCCGCGCGCAGACGUUCGACGUCCACUACGCGCCUCCGCUAGCGGUGCCGACACCGCCGCCAGCCGCCGCAACCUAUGUCCCCCCUCCACCUCCAAUCCCCACCGAGGAGGUGGACACAAGUCGCAGGUCAAAGUCGAGGCGCUCGUCAGAGACCAAGCCGCGCGAUAAGUCGAGCCACAAGAAGUCAUCUCCUACCAAGGAGGCGCCUGUGUCUGUCCCGCCGUCGCCCAAGGUCGUUGAUGCUUCGCCGAGUAGCCGUUACAUGCCUCAAUUCGCUUCCAGCACGUCGUCCCCUACGUCUACCUCACCGCCAAAGCAUCUCAGCAGAGCGGCUACCUUCAACGAUAAUGUAUUCAGCCGCCCGCCUCCUGGUAUUGUCAGGGCACAGACGUACUCCCAUGUGCCUGCUACCGAUGCUGAUCGGGGUCGCGGUCGCUCAAGACUGCAGUCCCAGAUUGUGAGUGAAGACUCGGAAUCCGAGGAUGACCGUCGUCACCAUAGGAGUAGCCGGCACAAGACUCACUCUCCUGAGCCGAUACCAGCGGAAUAUGGCCAGCGAACUCGAUACACAGUCAACGGCGGCCGCACAGUUGCAAUUCCGCCCGAAGCUGCUUACGCACCGAUGUAUCGCGAUGAGUCCCCCCCUCCCUCGAGGAAACAUAGCAAGACUGCUGCCUACUACGAGCGCCCUCCCAUGUCAUCUAGGGAAGCGAGCUACUCGAGUUCUACGUACUUUCCCAAGGUCAAGACGGCGAGAUACGACGAUGUGCAGUAUAGCAACAUCCCGCACCGAUACCGUGAGGAGUACGCCGGCUAUGCUUAG